AUGAUCGGUCCCUUCAAAAAGGCAUCCGGAGGAUACGACCAUAUAUUGGUCGCCAUUGACAAGUUCACCAAGUGGAUAGAGGUGAAGCCAAUCAAGAUGCUAACGGAUGCUAAUACCGUCGAGUUCAUAGCAAAGAUAACCCACAGGUUUGGGGUCCCCAAUAGGAUCAUAACCAACUUGGGCACAAACUUCACUAGUUGGGGGUUCCAAGACAUCUGCGACAAACAGAACAUCAAGGUGUACCACACCUCUGUCACCUACCCAAGGCCCAAUGGCCAAGUCGAGAGGCCAAGCAGAGCCACGGGCCAAACCCCAUUCUUCCUAAUGUACGAGUCAAAGGUGGUACUGCCAACUGAUCUCAUGUUCAGUGCGGCGCGAGUGGAGAUGUUCAAAGAAGAUGAAGCUAAGAAGGAGUGCAUUGAGGACAUCGAUAGCAUCAAGGAGGAACGGGUGGCGGCGUGCAUCCAGGACGCAAGGUGCACUCAAGGCUUGCAUCGCUACCACGACAAGAACAUCCAAGCGAGAGGCUUUUGCGUCGGAGAGCUGGUGCUCCGACGCAUCCAGAGCAAGAAGGACAUGCACAAGCUAGCGGCUCCAUGGGAGGGGUCGUUCAUUGUCAAGGAAGUCACUCGGUCGAGCUCCUGCCAGCUGAUGAGGAAAGAUGGCAUAGACGUGCCAAACUCGUGGAACAUCGAGCAUCUACGAUGCUUCUUCCCAUAA